CAGGGUAAGGGUUUCCCUGGUGUAUACAUUUUUCUGACGCUCAACCGCAACCUGUCUUCCCCCCUUACCCCAUUUCUUCCACGUCCUCAAAAUGGUUGCUUUCUCGCCUGAAGAGGUCCGUGCUUUGAUGGACAAGCCGUCCAACGUCCGUAACAUGUCGGUCAUUGCUCACGUCGAUCACGGCAAGUCGACGCUGACCGACUCCUUGGUCCAAAAGGCCGGUAUUAUUUCCGCCGCCAAGGCCGGUGAGGCUCGUUUCAUGGAUACUCGUCCUGAUGAGCAAGAGCGUGGUGUCACUAUUAAGUCCACUGCUAUCACCUUGUUCGCUGAGAUGACCCAAGAGGAUCUCAAGGACAUCAAGGAGCCUACUGACCACAACGAGUUCUUGGUUAACUUGAUUGACUCCCCUGGUCACGUUGACUUCUCUUCCGAGGUUACUGCCGCUCUUCGUGUCACUGAUGGUGCUUUGGUCGUCGUCGACACUAUCGAGGGUGUUUGUGUCCAAACCGAGACCGUCCUUCGUCAAGCUCUUGGUGAGCGUAUCAAGCCUGUUGUCUGUGUCAACAAGGUUGAUCGUGCUCUUUUGGAGCUUCAAAUUUCCAAGGAGGAGCUUUACCAAAACUUCUCCCGUGUCGUUGAGUCCGUUAACGUCGUUAUCUCCACCUACUACGACAAGGUUCUCGGUGACUGCCAAGUCUACCCCGACAAGGGUACCGUUGCCUUCGCUUCCGGUCUUCACGGUUGGGCUUUCACUAUCCGUCAAUUUGCCAACCGUUAUGCCAAGAAGUUCGGUAUUGACCGCAACAAGAUGAUGCAACGUCUUUGGGGUGACAACUUCUUCAACCCCAAGACCAAGAAGUGGUCCAAGAGCUCUACUGAUGCUGAGGGCAAGCCUCUUGAGCGUGCUUUUAACAUGUUCGUUUUGGACCCCAUCUACCGUAUCUUCGAUGCUGUCAUGAACGGCCGUAAGGAGGAAGUCUUCAAGCUUCUUUCCAAGCUUGAGGUCAACUUGAAGUCUGAUGAGAAGGAGCUCGACGGUAAGGCUCUUCUUAAGCUCGUCAUGCGCAAGUUCCUUCCUGCCGCUGAUGCUCUUAUGGAGAUGAUUGUUCUUCACUUGCCUUCCCCCAAGCUCGCUCAAACCUACCGUUGCGAGACCUUGUACGAGGGUCCCAUGGAUGAUGAGUGUGCCAUUGGUAUCAAGAACUGUGACCCCAAGGCUCCUUUGAUGCUUUACGUCUCCAAGAUGGUUCCCACCUCCGAUAAGGGUCGUUUCUACGCUUUCGGUCGUGUCUUCUCUGGUACCGUUCGUUCUGGUCUUAAGGUUCGUAUCCAAGGCCCUAACUACGUUCCCGGCAAGAAGGAUGACUUGUUCAUCAAGGCUAUCCAACGUACUGUCCUUAUGAUGGGUUCCAAGACUGAUCCCAUUGAUGACUGUCCCGCCGGUAACAUUAUUGGUCUUGUCGGUAUUGACCAAUUCUUGGUCAAGUCUGGUACUUUGACCACCUCCGAGGUUGCCCACAACUUGAAGGUCAUGAAGUUCUCUGUCUCCCCUGUCGUCCAAGUCGCUGUUGACGUCAAGAACGGUAACGAUUUGCCCAAGCUUGUUGAGGGUCUUAAGCGUCUUUCCAAGUCCGACCCCUGUGUUCUUUGCACCACUUCCGAGUCUGGUGAGCACAUUGUUGCCGGUGCUGGUGAGCUUCACUUGGAGAUUUGCCUUAAGGAUCUUCAAGAGGACCAUGCUGGUAUUCCCCUUAAGAUCUCUCCCCCCGUUGUUUCUUACCGUGAGUCUGUUAGCGAGCAAUCCAGCAUGACUGCUCUCUCCAAGUCUCCCAACAAGCAUAACCGUAUCUUCAUGACUGCCGAGCCCUUGGGUGAGGAGCUUUCCGCUGCCAUUGAGAGCGGCCACGUUAGCCCUCGUGAUGAUUUCAAGGCCCGUGCCCGUAUCAUGGCUGAUGAGUUCGGCUGGGAUGUCACUGACGCCCGUAAGAUUUGGUGUUUCGGUCCCGACACCAGCGGUGCCAACCUUGUUGUUGACCAAACCAAGGCUGUUCAAUACCUUAACGAAAUCAAGGAUUCCGUUGUUGCUGCUUUCGCCUGGGCCUCCAAGGAGGGUCCCAUGUUCGAGGAGAACUUGCGUUCUUGCCGCUUCAACAUUCUUGAUGUUGUUCUUCACGCUGAUGCUAUUCACCGUGGUGGUGGACAAAUCAUCCCCACUGCUCGUCGUGUUGUCUACGCUUCUACCCUUUUGGCUUCUCCCAUCAUCCAAGAGCCCGUCUUCUUGGUCGAGAUCCAAGUCGCCGAGAACGCUAUGGGUGGUAUCUACUCUGUUCUUAACAAGAAGCGUGGUCACGUCUUCGCUGAGGAGCAACGUGUCGGUACUCCCUUGUACAACAUCAAGGCCUACCUUCCCGUCAACGAGUCCUUCGGUUUCACUGCUGAGCUUCGUCAAGCUACUGGUGGUCAAGCUUUCCCCCAAAUGGUGUUCGACCAUUGGUCCGCUAUGAACGGUGACCCGUUGGACCCCUCCUCCAAGGUCGGUCAAAUUGUCGUCGAGGCCCGUAAGCGUAAGGGUCUCAAGGAGAACGUUCCUGACUACACUGAGUACUAUGACCGUUUGUAGGUUGUUUCAUCUUUAUUGUUUUGGUCUUUUGUAUGGCAAUUUAAUAGGUGUUUUCUUCUGCACACUGCUACUACGCUACCGGUGACCGGACGAUGGUCUAAUGGUAAAAGUUUUGUAAAAUCAAUGAAAUAGCGCGCCUGUGGAAUGGGU